AUGACCUCAAACGUCCUCAUCAGACGUACUUACCCAUACUUUAUACGCCGCAAUACUCGUGGCUCUUUACCUGUCUACACGGAUAUUCGUAACGGUGGUACAAAAUACCAAGUAUCAAUCAGGAACGUGCAUGGUCAAUUAAACUCUCUUGCCAACGAUAUUAAUCAAUCACUCUUCAAGCAAGGUACUCCCGAGGCCAAUAGACUAAAAGUACAAGUCGUGGCACAAAAGCACCUUGUCCUCUCAGGUGGUCAUUGGAAAAAUGAAGUGAUCAAUUGGCUCAACAACAAGGGUUUUUGA